AUGGAAAAAUAUUUCUUUUAAAUAGAAAAAGAUAUUUAAAGAACAUUACCUUAAAUCGAAAUGUUCCAAUAAUAAUAAUAUAUAAAUAAACUAAAAAUAAUACUAGAAAAUAUUUCUUUGUAUGAUCCUAAUAUCGGAUAUGUUUAAGGAAUGAAUAUGAUUGCUGCAAGCCUUCUUUUUCACUGUGAAGAAUAUAUUGCUUUUUGGAUUUUCCAAAUGAUUUUUGAAAAAUUAGAAAUGAGAGACAUUUAUAAAUAACACUUACCAGGAUUAUCUAAACAUACAUAAUUAAUUGAUAUAUUGAUUUUAAAAAAUCUGCCUGAUUUAUUUUUAUUGUUCGCCUUGGUUAUUUUCUUUAUUUUCAAUAAUAUUUAACCCUUAAAGAUUAAUUUAUUUUUAUGA